AUGGGUUGGAAACCGCUUCUCUUCCUCAGCUGGCUGCUGUUGGUGUUGCCUCACCACGCCGCAUCUUCAGAUCUCAUCGUGAGGAACCUCCCCGGAAAGUCAUCCGACCAGACGGUAUACGAGGUCCGAAGACGCCUCGCCAACAGGGUCAAGCGAGCCGGCACAGAUGUCCUAUUCGACAACUCAACCUCCUUUUCCCUAGGCCUCGACGGCACAACAAUCUUCAAAUACAUCUCCAUCAUCUGCACAAAAUGCUACAUCAAAGGCCGCGCCAGCGCAAAGCUCGCCGCCGCCAGCAGCUCCUUCAACAUCACCUCCGCCGUCGACCAAGCAAAGGACAGCUUCGAGUCCACAUGGCACAACCUCGAAGCCUACGCCCAGAACCUCACGCACACCAUCCUCGGCGACGUCGCAACCGACGUCAAGAACCUCGAUUUCGACGAGCUCAUUGACGACGUCAAGGACAUUGACCCACCGGACCUUGACAUGAAUCUCAACCUCUUGUUCCCAGAGUACAAUGUCGGCGUGAACCUGACGGACCUGGAGAUCUACAUGGAGCUGGACACGGUGCUCUCCGCCGGCAUCACGUACACCUUCAACAUCUACCAGAGCGAGACCAUCGUGGGCAUCGCCCUCGGAGACGACCUCCUCCUCGGCGCCAUCUUCUCCGUCGACCUCAUCUUCAGCGUCGACAGCAAACUCGACAUCACCAGCGGCUUCCACGUCCACUUUGACAACGUUCUGACCCAAAUCACCCUCUUUGGCAAAGAAGCCUCCAAAAUCGACUUUGACGGCGGCAAACUCGCAUUCCUCCCCGUAAAGAUCCGCUACGGCAACGUCCUCCUCAAAGCCGUCCUCCGCGUCGAGGCCCGCAUCGGCAUCGCCUUCCAGACCUUCAUCGACGGCAUCUCUAUCCCUGAGGUGGGCCUCAAGGCCCUCAAGGUCGGCGCCGGCGUGGAAGCCCGCGUGUACGCCAACAUUGCCGAGUUCGUCACAAACAUCACCCUCGCCGAAGUCGACGUUCCCACAAAGAGAGACGACGACGACGACAACGGCAAAGACAACAAUAACAACAACAACAACUGUCUGCUGAGCAUGGCCCAGGCCUUCACCUUCGGCAUCGGCGCCGCGGCGGGCGCAUCCGUCGAGCUCCUCGGCAACACAUGGGGCCCUUCCCCUGAGACCGAGAUCCCCCUCUUCUACACCACCCUCGCACAAGUCUGCGCCCUCACCAGCACGUCCUCCUCCUCCUCCUCGACCGCAACCACCAUCUCAGCCACCACCACAACCGCCGCCGCCCAUCCCGCAGCAUCCACCCCCAAGAAGCGUGCAGACACUCCCACUCCCUCCGUCACAAAGACAGUCACGUCCGAAACCCAGGUCGCCACAGUCUGCGCCUCUCCCGGCCUCGUCAACUGUCCGGCCUCCCUCCAGACAGUAACCAGAAACGUCAUCACAAAGACGCUCACCUCGACAGUCACGUCCGGCGUCCCCGUCGUCUGGUCCACAGCAACAGCCGCCGCGUCCGUUUUCAACACGGUGGCCUUCGACGACGACGCCGUGACAUUGACCAGCUCGUCCGGAAAGCCAAAGACCUACACUCCGCCUCCGCCGCCGCCGCCUCCUCCGCCGCAGACAAGCGGAUCAUCACCUUCAGGCUCCAACGGCGCUUCAGCUGAAGAAAAGUCCGGGCCACACCGUGUUAGCAACGCCGUCAUCAUUGGUGUCAGCGUCGGCCUCGGCGUCCCGGCUCUCCUCGCAGCCAUAGGAGCAUUCAUUUUCUUCUUCCGCCGCAGCCGCAGGCCAAUAUCCACGCUGGUACCGGCGGAAACUGCUACCACUGUAGACCCAAAGGCGCAGCAAGUCGUGGCGACUUAUGCCCCGGUUCGCGCAGAUGAUGAUUUAUGA